AUGAGAAGAAAUACAAACAGGAGGAGCACACGCGCAUUCAUAUUAAAAGAAACCAAAUACUCAAAAUUAUCCACACAAGUAAGUCAUCGGGAAACGAACUUGAUGGUGUUCGCGCAACCUUUUUUGGUCACUCUCACCACCCCUUCGGGGAGGACAACUACCACCGCGGCGAGGAUGACGAUUCAGACUUCUUCUUCUUCUUCUUCUUCUUCUUCUUCUUCCGUUAAAUUCGUUCGACAUUUAGGAGGAGGGUGUAGCCGACGAAAAACAACGGGGGUGUUAGUAGUAAGAAGAGCGACGAUCGAGGAAGACGACGCCAAAGCGUUGGGGUACGGGGACAAGGAGAACAUGUCGGAAUCUAUGAAAGAGUUCGCGGAGGAAGGGUAUCCGUCCGACGAGGACGACAUCAAAGACCCGCGAGAGCGAGAUAAAGCGAUGAAAGAAGCGGUCGGGGACGUGUUGUCGAUGGCACAGAGCGAAGCGGACGUUAUUAACCAGGCGUACGAUUUGAUCGAGAAGUUAAGUCCUGGGUUGAAGUUGAAGAACAGGCCUCCUCGAAGCGAAGGAGAGGAGGGAAAAAAGGAGGAGAGUUAA